AUGUAUGGAGAUCACAACUCUACUGUUAACAUCACUUGUGAGGAAGGUGAGAAUACGUGUCCGGUUUUCCAGUUUGAAUUAUAUCCACAGUUGUUGAUUAUAAUUGUGCUCUCCAUAAUUGUACUAUCGGCGAUUAUCGGCAAUGUACUUGUGAUCGCAGCGGUUCAUUCUCAACGACGACUUCGCACUGUAACUAAUUAUUAUAUCGUGUCCUUAGCAUGGGCUGAUUUACUUGUAGCCAUAUUGGUCAUGCCGUUUCAUGUGCUUGGGGAAACCACCGGUAAAUGGUGGUUAGGCAUUGUCUUCUGUGAUAUAUGGAUAUCUAUGGACGUGUUACUGUGUACAGCAUCUAUCUUAAACUUGUGUUGCAUCAGUCUCGAUAGAUAUUUUGCCAUAACGCAGCCUCUUCGAUACGUGACACGGCGCUCUAAGCGACAUUGCUUCUCAAUGAUUGCAGUGGUGUGGGUGGCUUCGGUCUUGAUCACCUCUCCUCCUCUAUUUGGCUGGAAAGACCCCGAGCACGGUAGUGAUCCAUCCAGAUGUGAGUUGACUAAAGAACCAGGGUACGUAAUUUACUCGGCGUGUGGAUCAUUUUACAUACCACUACUUGUCAUGGUGUUUGUUUACGCAAGGAUCUUCCGUGUAGCCAGUGAUAGUGAGAAACGAUUUGGAAGCAUUGGGGACAGCAGAAGAAGCACAAUUCGUCGAAAAAAAUGCCUCAUAGCAGAGGAGGAAUCCCCACAACUCAGUUGCUAUAGCGACGAUUAUCGAAGUGGUAGUGAGCCUGGAACACCGAGAAAAAAACAGCUAUGUGUGGCAGCUGUCAUUCGGAACAACAACUGUCAAACGAGAACAGAAUUGAUGAACACGAAUUAUGGUUCUACAGGUGACAACAACCACAAUCUUUCAUUCGUGGAUAGUCGCCAGAGGAGCAGAGCGGCGUCGUUAAAUGACGAUGCAGAUAAACGAGUUGAGAGAAGUGACGAUAAUUUACAGACCCUUUCUGUUGCUGGAAAACGAACAAUAAAAAGAUAUUCUUUGAGUGACACCGAUUCGCUGCGAAGUGGAAGCAUACACUCUCCACUAAAAAGGAAGUUCGACGAAACAAAGCGAGAGCGUAUGCUCUUGCGGAGAGAGAGUAAAAUUGCUAAAACUUUGGCAAUUGUUAUCGGGUGUUUUGUUUUCUGCUGGCUUCCAUUUUUUCUCAUCUAUGUAAUCGAACCUUUUUGUGGGAAUUGUCAUAUCCCACCUAUACUCAUCAGUUCCUCAGUGUGGCUUGGAUACGUAAAUUCUGCGCUAAACCCAUUAAUUUAUGGUUUCUUCAAUGUUGAUUUCCGAAAAACCUUCUGGAAGUUGACCUGUGGUAGAUGUAUUUAA